AUAGAAAAACUAAAAGACUCUUUCCAUUUCGGAAGUCAUGAGCCGCCCGUUUCAUCAACUCUUGUUCCAUUCACCUAUUUUUGUCAAAAGUAGAACAGGACAAUCGGAAUUCCCAUUCAAAUUCUUGCCGCCGGAAUCGACUGUAAUUUGGUUCCCCUCUAUAAAUCCGCUGCAAAUCCCUCAUCAUUAAUCCAAAUGCCACUACUCAGAAUGGCAAGCAAAAUCGAGAAAAAGCUUGUGGACGAAGUCUCAGGAUGGCUCAAAAUUUUCUCCGACGGCUCAGUGGAGCGCACCUGGACCGGCCCGGACGAAGUGAAGCCCCUCAUCACGCCCGUCCCUCCUUCCAACGACACUUUCAUUGACGGUGUAGCCACCAAACACGUCAUAAUUGACGAAGAAAAUGGCAUCUGGAUCCGCAUAUAUUUGCCUCGUACGGCGCUGGACAGAAAAACCCAUACUAAAUUGGGUGUGGCGAUUCAUUUUCACGGCGGCGGUUUUUGCGUGAGCCAUGCGGACUGGCAAAUGUACAAUCAUUUCAUCUCGCGUCUCGUAACGACGUCCAAUGUGAUCUGCGUCUCUGUGGACUACAGGCUCGCUCCCGAGCACAGACUCCCGGCGGCGAUCGACGACUGUUUCGCCGCCGUUGCGUGGCUCGGACAAAUUUCUCGCCGGGAAAAGGAGGAAUCUUGGCUCGCCCAGUAUGCAGAUUUUGAGCGUUGCGUAUUGAUCGGCGACAGUUCGGGAGGGAAUCUGGUGCACCACGUGGCCGUAAGGGCCGUGGCGUGUGAAGAAGAGCUACAACCUCUUUCUUUGCGGGGCUGCGUGGCCUUACACCCGGGGUUUGUUCGAUCGGAGCGCAGCAAAUCGGAGCUCGAAAUUUGGCCCGAUUCGGCUUUUUUGACGAUGGAGAUGGUGGAUAAAUUUCUGGGCCUUGGGUUGCCCGUGGGGAGCACGAAAGAUCACCCGAUAACGAAUCCGAUGGGGGCUCAGUCUCAGCCAUUGGAUAAGCUGAAAUUUCCUCCUUUUCUUGUGGGUGUUGCGGAGAGAGAUCUGAUGAGGGAUACGCAGAUGGAGUAUUGUGAGGCCAUGAGAAGCGCAGGGCAUGAUGUGGAAAUUUUUGUGUCGGAGAACGUGACUCACUGUUUUUAUCUCAACCAGCUUGCUGUGGAUUUUAAUAAGCACGUUGGUGAGGAGACUGCUACACUUUUGCAGGUGAUUGAUCGAUUCAUCAGUCGCUGUUUUGCCAGAUAAUGUGUCCGACCAAACGCCAUAACUAUUUGGACCACUAUUGCUCGAUAGCGUGUUCAAUCAGCCCACUUGAUUUUCAAUAAAGCUGCUGUCGUAUUUUAUUUUGGCAAUGGGAACCAUAAUAAAGUACCUGACUGGCCUGCGCAUUUUUGCCAGUAGAAUUUCACGUCGAAAAGUUUUCAGAUUAGAUUUCUACCGUCCAGGUUUAUUAUUAUUAAUCUUAAAUCUUCUGGAUUAGACUUAGUUUUCAUUUUUGUUGAUCUUGUUGUGGAAAAUUUGUACUCUUAAAAGAGAGGUGCCUCAUUUUUAGUAUAGUUAGGUAGGUGUCUCCCUCAAUGAGUGCAAGAUAGUAGUCUCAUAAUAUCACAUGGGCUAGUAGUCUUAUAAUACCACAAGACAUUGUAGACUAUAGAAAGAAAUCUCUCUUUUUUUAAUUUCAUGUUGAAAGGUUUUGAUCUUAGAGUUAUGUCUUAUCAUACCACCUGACAUGUAGACUAAAAAAAAUAAUCUCUCAUUUUUUAUUUCAUGUUGAAAGGUUUUGAUCUUAGAGUUAUGUCUUAUCAUACCACCUCACAUUGUGGACUAUAAAAAAAAAAAAAAAAAAUCUCUUUUUUUA